AUGGCUCCUUCAGUAUUUACGGCGACUAUCGUUUCAGCCCUUGCUGCCCUUUCUGUCGUGCAAGCGAAAACUCCGUCCUACGACUUUAUCGUUGUUGGAGGCGGUACUGCCGGUCUUGCCGUCGCCAGUCGCUUGAGUCAAUAUCUGCCCAACAACACAGUUCUGGUCAUUGAAGCCGGUCCCGAUGGCCGCAAUGUAUCUGGUAUCUACGUCCCGGGUAUGAAGGGCAGCACACUUGGUGGAAUCUACGACUACAAUUUCACCACCGUUGCGCAACCUUCAGCUGGUGACCGCACUUGGGCGCAAAAUCGAGGAAAGGUGCUGGGUGGAAGCUCUGCCCUGAACUUAAUGUGCUGGGACCGCGCCUCAGUGGCUGAGUACGAUGCUUGGGAGCAUCUCGGAAACCCCGGAUGGAACUGGGACAGCAUGAUCACAAGUAUGCUCAAGGUCGAGAACUACACCCAGAGUGUGUAUCCCGGACAAGAGAUCGAUCAGGGUGUUGGAGUUGAUGGCCCUAUUCAUGCCACAAUUAACAGGAUCCAACCCAAAGAUCAAGACACAUGGAUCCCGACAAUGAAAAAUCUUGGGUUCCCAGAGAACAUGGAAUCUCUCGAUGGCAAUCCUCUCGGUGUCUCGAUCCAGCCCAACAACAUUGACACUGCCAAGUACACGCGCUCGUACAGCCCCGAAUACCUGAAGAUCGCUGGGGACAACCUUCACGUCAUGACUGAGGCUCAAGUGGUCAAGAUCAAUACCGAGAAGAAACAUGGUCAGGUAGUUGCCACUGGCGUCACGCUCAAGAACAACAUCAAAAUCAAUGCUCGCAAGGAGGUCAUCUUGAGCGCCGGCUCUUUCCUGUCCCCCGCUCUGCUCGAACUUUCUGGUAUUGGUAACUCGUCAAUCAUCACUGCUGCUGGUAUCAAGCCCGUUCUUGACCUCCCUACUGUGGGUGAGAACCUGCAAGAUCACAUUCGCAUUCAAAACAGCUUCAAACUGAAGAAUAUGUCGUCCUUCGAUGAACUCAAGUAUAACGCAACCUUCAAGGCCGAACAACUUGCCCUCUACAAUGCAAACAAUGUGUCCAGCUACGACUAUGCCGCCUCUGGAUUUGCUUACCUGACUUGGCCACAAGCACUGGGCAACGAGUCUGCCGCCGCACUGAUCAACACCGCUCUCAAAGCCACCAACGCCAAAGCCUCCAUCAUCGAUAAGACCAAGCUAGACUUCAUGACCGGAAAAAAGAGCCAUACUAUCCCUCAACUCGAGAUUAUCUUCUCUGACGGCUACACCGGUGUUGGCGGCUACNCCCUGCCAACUCCCUCAGCAUACGGCUCCAACUACUUUACUCUGCUCAGCGUCAUCAUGCACACACUUUCUCGUGGUAAUGUACACAUCAAUGUCUCCGACCCCCUCGGUAAACCCAUCAUCGACCCCCGAUACCUCAGUAACCCCUACGACCUCUCCGCCGCCAUCGCCGCCACAAAACUAAACCGCAAGAUCGCGUCCACGGCACCCAUGCGCGACAUCAUUGCCUCUGAAUACGAGCCUGAUUCUGCCAUCCAAACCGAUCAGCAAUGGAGAGAUUUUGCGCUAAACCAUACAUUGACCAUUUACCAUCCUCUGGGCACUUGUGCCAUGCUUCCCGAAAAGGAGGGUGGUGUUGUUAGCCCUGAGUUGAAGGUUUGGGGUACACAGAAUAUUAGGGUUGUGGAUGCUAGUGUUAUUCCUGUACAGUUGUCUGCGCAUAUACAGACGGCGAUUUAUGGGAUUGCGGAGAGGGCUGCUGAGAUGAUCGCUGCCGAGUGGUCAGGUUGA